AUACUAUUUGUAAUCGCUUUGCCACCACUGGCAAACAGCUGAUUCCGCGCACCGGCUAAAAGCCAAUGAAAAUAAAAGCUUAAUUAGUUCACCGGCCGUUUAUUAUGAACGAUAUUAAGCGAUUGAAGGAUCAGCAGCGUGAGAAGCAUCCCGGGUUCGAUGGUUACAUGGACUGCAUGACCCGCUCCCUUUUCACGGGGCUCGCCACAUUUUGCUUAAGUUUUUCCGGCACCUAUUUCGCCCAGAAGAUAGUACAAUCAAAAAUACGCUACCCAAUCAAGUACAACAUACUCAUCUCCUCACUGGUGGCCACCGGCGUGUCCUACCAAACCACAUCGACACGAACCAAAGCCUGCCAAGCGGCGUGGAUGGCCUUUGAGGACAAGCAUUCCGUGCUUAAAGAGAAAACGUUUUAA